AUGAAGAACUUGGUUCGUGGAAUUAAGGAAAAGACACCUAUGGGUUUCUGCGAUGUCCCAAGAAAAAAGUUGUUGGACAUUUUACAUGAUAUGAAAAGCGUUUCUGUCCCAAACAAACCCAGAUACAAACCUCUCAAAAAGAUCCACCAGGCUGCAAGUGAAGGUGAUGUCAAGCGACUGCAGAGAAUGAUAAGCCUUGGGAAACACGGUGUGCAUGACAGAGACUUUAAGGAACGGACUGCUCUGCAUUUCGCUUGUGUCUAUGGCCGGGAAGAAGUAGUAAGUGUUCUACUGAGAAAUAAUUGUGACAUUGAUGCUGUUGACAGGAAUUCCAUCACACCUCUGAUGAAGGCUGUACAAAACUGGUCAUAUAGAUGCAUGUGUACAUUGUUGAAGCACGGUGCUAAUCCCAAUCGUAUGGACAAAAAUGGAAAUACUUCUCUUCACUAUGCUGUGUCUGAAGACAAUCAGAAGCUGGCUGAAUAUUUGCUUAAAUACAAUGCAGACAUGGAACAAAAGAACAAGGAUGGCUUUACACCACUUUUACUGGCUCUCAAGGAAAACAAUAUAGAGAUGGCAAAAUUUUUAGUAAAGAAGGGGGCAAAUAUACACGUAUUUGAUAAGAUGAAAAGAAACACACUCUUAUAUGCCAUAAGAUGGGACUCAACAGAUAUGGUCAGUCUACUUCUGGAUGAAGGCAUUGACUUUUUCUUUAAAGAUGUGUUUGGAUGGACUGCCUUACGCUAUGCUAUUGAAGGCACAAGUAAAGGGUAG